AUGGCCGAGACUGUACCACAGGAUAAGCCGACCGUAGUCUGCGUCUUUUGCGGCGCCGCAGCUGGCUACAACGAAAUCCACCUCGAGGCCGCACGCUCUUUGGCGCGCGAAUUCCACAAGAAUAAUGUCCAUCUUGUGUACGGCGGAGGCACGGUCGGGCUGAUGGGCGAACUUGCCAAAACGCUUGUGUCCCUCUCUGGCCCAGAAGCCGUCCACGGCAUCAUCCCCAAAGCUCUGAUCCGAGUCGAAGAAGGUUAUCAGGAUAAGGAGUCAGACUCGGGAUCAAAGAAAGCUGAGCGAACCGUUCAAAAUAACGGGGCCGAGUUUGGGCGUGUCACCGUCGUUCCCGACAUGCACAGCCGCAAGCAGUUGAUGGCGAAACAAGUCUUUGAGGGAGGCCCGGGGUCGGGAUUUAUUGCUUUACCUGGUGGCUUUGGCACUAUGGAAGAGAUGAUGGAGAUGACGACAUGGAACCAGCUUGGAAUCCACCAUGUUGGUGUUCUCCUGUUGAACAUCAACGGCUACUGGAACCAUCUUGUUGCUUGGGUCAGGAAUGCAGUUGACGAAGGAUUCCUUUCGAGUCAGAACGCAAGUAUACUGAUACAAACGGAUGAUACGGCUGCUGCUCUGGAAAAGCUGCGGGCUUAUCAGGCCAGCGGCGACAGAUUGAAGCUGAGCUGGGGUGACGAGUAA